AUGCAAUGCAACCUUUGAAUGGAGGAAUACUAGUUUUUAUUUGUCUUAAUACUUCCUAAUGAUUUUUCAUUCAAGAAUGUAAAUUCUUUUGCAUGCAUUAUUUAGCUUUUGUUUUUUUCUUAGAAUUUCACUAAAAUUGUGAAAUAUGUUGGUUCUUAGAAAGGGUUCCAGUGAUUCAUUGGAUGCUAAGUUCUCAAUGGAAGCAGUAAUUGGACAUACACAUAGAAGGUUGCUUGCAUUUUCAUCUACAAGUUUGUGUAGCUUUCAUGGAAAAUGCCCUUCCUUUGGUGGAUUAUCUAUACAUAACAGAGUUAAACUACAUCAUAAUUCUUUGUUGAAGGGACGAGAUGAUCGUAACAAUGAGCCACUUUCUCUCUCAAGCUUUGCCCUUAACUGUGAAGUUGAGACUCCAAAGAAAGAGAAAACUUUUUCACCUAGAAAAUCAAACAUAGCAUUGAGAGUUUCGUCGGACAAAAUAAAAAGAACUAUGAAAAGUUCUGUUGAAAUACAAGCACCAUUCGCUGCGAAGUCAUUCUUUGAGCUUGGUAUUUCUUCUCUGCUCAUUAAACAACUAGAGAAAGAAGGUUUGAAUGUACCUACUGAAGUCCAGUGUGCUGCUAUUCCUACGAUUAUAAAAAAACAUGAUGUUGUCAUUCAAUCUUAUACCGGUUCUGGAAAGACUCUCGCUUACCUUCUCCCCAUUCUUUCCUUGGUUGGUCCUUUAAAAGAACCUAAUGAUGAGGAAGAAGUUGAAUUUAACCCAAAGCAUGGCAUAGAAGCAGUCAUUAUUGCUCCUUCAAGAGAGUUGGGCAUGCAGAUAGUUAGAGAGGUGGAGAGAUUACUUGGUCCCCCGCUUAAAAGGUUUGUUCAGCAGCUUGUUGGUGGUGCAAACCGUUCAAGGCAGGAAGAAGCUCUGAAGAAGAAUAAACCGCUUAUUGUCGUUGGAACCCCUGGUCGCAUCGCAGAGAUAUCAGCAGCCGGAAAGCUUCACACUCAUGGUUGCCGUUUUUUGGUUCUCGACGAAGUUGACGAGCUCUUGUCUUUCAACUAUCGAGAAGACAUGCAUAGAAUACUCGAACAUGUUGGAAGAAAGCCUGGUGCAGCUUCGACUAUUGUUCUCGGUCCACUGGCGAAGUGGUCGGAGCGGCAAACCAUAAUGGUAUCGGCAACGGUUCCGUUCUCUGUUGUACGAGCGGCAAGAAGCUGGGGAACAAAUCCUUUAUUGGUUAGAGCCAAAGGUGUUGUUUCUUUGGAUUCCCUCUCUGCUUCUGGAGUUAGCUCAAUAGCUUCCGCUUCGGCCACUAAAAACUCAGUAACUCAAGCUGCCAUUGGAAGCUUGCCUCCUGGUUUGAAUCAUUAUUACUGUGUUAGCAAGGCACAGCACAAAAUUGACACUUUAAGAAGAUGCAUUCAUGCUUUGGAUGCAAAGAUGGUCAUUGUCUUCAUGAACCACACAAAGCCAUUGAAGGACCUUGUUUUUAAACUGGAAGCAAGGGGAAUAAAGGCAGCUGAAUUACAUGGAAACCUCAGCAAACUCUUAAGAACAACCACCCUAAAAAAUUUUAAGGAUGGUAAUAUUCGAGUAUUGGCCACAAAUGAGCUUUCAGCUAGGGGAUUGGAUGUGCCAGACUGUGAUCUAAUAGUGAACUUGGAUCUUCCUACAGAUUCGGUUCACUACGCUCACCGAGCAGGUCGAACUGGAAGACUUGGCAGGAAAGGUACUGUUGUUACAAUAUGUGAAGAGCCAGAGGUGUUUGUGGUGAAAAAGCUGCGCAGGCAACUGGGGUUAGGGAUCCAGUUAUGUGAACUUUCAGAAGGGAGGCUUGUUGCAUGCAAGGAGGAAGAAGAUGAUAAAGCAGAGGCUGUGAGUUGAGUGGGUUCUUCCUGCUGUGCCAUUUUAUUUGACGGUGAUUUUCAGAUCUCCUGUUCCUGUCAUUAAUUGGCCAAUGUUGGCCAUCGCCAAACAGUGCUGCUGCUUGUCCUUGUCAUGAUCGACAACAGCCAGUCGACAUCGUUGGUCACCACCGCCAACCACCUAUCGCCACGGUCCCCUCCUAUCUGCAUCGCCAUCGACCGCCACUGCUGCUUGUCGCCCAUCAUCAUCAUCCGUCGUCCGCCUCUCCUUCCCGUCUCUA